AAAUUGAAUUAAAAGUCAUAACAUGCUAUGCUGUAUAUAAUUCGUAACAUAGUACAUAGAGAAGUCAUAGUAUGUCAUAAAAAUCAUGAUGUAUGCCAUAAAGGAGUCAUAAAAACAUGUCAUUGUGUAGUAUGCCUUAUCUUUAACUUUUGCUCUGUCCUUAAAAUAAGUGAUACCCGGAAAAAAGAGCAGAGUGAUAGCUCUGUAAUUUUGCACAUCAAAACAUAUUAAAAACCAGUUGGAGAAGAAAAUACACAACUAUGCACAUUAUAUUAUCAAACGGACUACAGAUCAGCCAUACUGAGGAACUGACAUCUUCAUGGAGCAGCAAUGAGCAACUAUCUUUAAAUCUUUACAUACUAAAACUUUUUUCAAAGGAUAGAAGAAUAACGUUAUAUAGUGUGUAUUUAUACUAUACUUUGACUUUUACUGUCUUUUUUUGUGAUGUACUAUUCUGAUUUUUUUUUUUUUAAUGACGUUUGUAUGACUUUUAUUGCAUACUAUGCAAUGACAUAUUUUUGGUAUGACGUUUUUAGUAACUAUUUUAUUUUAAUAGUUGUCAUUUUAACAAGAGCACCGUAGAUGCAGAAGUACAUGUAUUUUUAUGCAAGUGCUGUCGACAUCACUUUCAGAGCAGAGGAGACAUUUCUCCUGGUGUGAUGACUCCUAACGCGUAAACGAUCUUUCCCGUGACGCACAUUUGGCGCGAAACUCGGUUUGGAAAGCUAACGUGACAUCGGAGAAAAGGUAGAAAUGAGCAAAAAGGAUAACGGCACCACGCUCAUCCUUGGGUAUCUGAAUGAGAAGAACAGACCCUACAGCGCUCAGGAUGUCUUCUGCAAUUUACAGAAGCAGCAUGGCUUUGGCAAAACGGCGGUGGUCAAAGCCAUGGAGCUGCUGGCUCUGGAGGGCAAGAUAAAGGAGAAAACAUAUGGCAAACAAAAGAUCUAUUUUGCUGAUCAGUCUCAGUUCACAAAUGUGAACGAGGCCGACCUGAAGGCGAUGGACGUUCAGAUCUCACAGCUCAGUGCAGAGGUGCAGUCUCUCACCCAGAGCUGCAGACAGCUGGAUGCAGAGCUGAAGGAGCUCAGCAGCUCCCUGACAACAGAGGAAAUGAUGUCAGAGAUCCGGGAGCUGAAAGCAGAGUGUUCCGGUUACAGAGCGCGUCUGGAGAAGAUAAAGUCGGCCACAAAUCACGUCACACCGGAGGAGAAAGAGAAGGUUUACAAAGACCGGGAUGUUUACGUGAAAGAGUGGAAAAAGAGGAAGAGAUUGGCUUCAGACAUGAUGGAUGCGAUCCUUGAAGGAUAUCCUAAGAGCAAGAAGCAGUUCCUGGACGAGGUGGGAGUUGAGACGGAUGAGGACUCUAAGGUGGUGGUUCCCAGUACUUGAGAGAACAAGGAAACGCUUAUUUAUGCACUUCAUCAAUGUAAUUACACAUCAGAGCGGUCGGAGCCACAGCACUCUUUAUUUAUGGCUUUUCUCUUGAACAGAUCGUACAUCUUUAAUAAAAGUUGAAUGGCAAAACCUCCACUGUAAUAAAGUACAUUUAAACAUAAACAGCUGAGACACACUAACACUACGUCACAAACCACACGCGACACUGGCGGAUGCUUGUCGCCUCUUCGGCAACUUUGGUUUAUUUUUUCCCUUUUUAAAAUGAAAAUGUCAACGAAUCAGUCGUUAUACCUUUGAGAGCUUCUUUGUUCAUCUGUUAAAGUCCAUAUUAAGGAUAUUAAUUUUACAGACAUGAGCUGUCAGCACUGUGAUUUGUCCUUUUCUGCUGCACUUUACUUCUUUUACUUACAAAUGAAGCCAGACAAUAAUUCUUUAUAUUUCUUUGGAUGGUGAUGCAUGGUUAUUAUAAAACUAUCAAAAGAUAAUACUUGAAGCAACAACACAGUAAAAAGUGAUCAUUUCCCUUUUAUUAAAGUGUCUUUGUUAUUUAACUUAUUCCGAUAAGCCAUCACGAUAAUUAGCUUGUUUAAAAAUCAAAGUUGAAUCUUUUGUAAAUCUCACUGGUAACCUGUGACUGGUGGAGGCUACAGUGAUAGCUCAGUUGGAGCCUGUUUCUACCAGCUGGUGUUGAACAUUCACACGAGGUUCAUACUGUUUAUAGUUUGUGAUGAACUAAUACUGAUCACAGUAAAUGGCAUCAUGGUGGCAUUAAAACCACUGACAUAUCAAGAGAUUACAUCAUUUAAUUUAGGAAAUGCUUACUGAAGAGUAAACUGCAAUCUGAUAACUCAUCAAAAGUAUAUACAAAUAGAGACAAUGAUCCCUAAAUCUGAAUGCCUCACACCUUUGUCCCAAUAAAGGUGGAAUAGUUUGUUUUUAAGCCUCAGUAAUACAUACUUGAUGUGCCAGAGUGAGGGUGUGUGUUCACCACCCGUCUUUUUAGUUCGGUUAAUAGACUUCAGAAGCAAUGCGACCAAUAAACUCAAUCUGUCAGAGGAUUUAUUUAAGGGCAACUUCAGAUUGUGACUACAGCUAGUUACUGCACUGUCACUAACAUUUAACACUUCUGAGCGCUUGUAUUUCUUAGCAGAACAAUAUCAAGAGAUAUUAACAGUCGGCUGAGGAUAACAUAUGCUCGUUUAUCUGCCCGUGUGCACACUUACGAUCAGAAAGUGAUGCUUCUUAAAAAGAUUCUCAAUCCAUCUCUGCCCACAGUGGGAGGUCGAGGUAAUCCAACGUGCAGCCAGCGAGUGUAAAUACUGAGAUGUGGCCGGACGCUGAUUGAAGUUUCUUAUUUUAACUUCACCCUGAGAGGCCAGAGUAAGACCAAAAGUCAAUUCAUGAGAGUUCAGUCCAGUCAGUCAAUAAAGCUGACCAUUGAGCUGCCGGAGCACCCCGACAACAAACUCCCUCAGCGUCUAGGAAGCAAGGGAAGGAGCACACAGACGGUUAUUAUCUCAACAUUAACUAAAGCCACACUGACCAGCUUCAUCUCAAAAACACUCAUCACCUGUGGCUUGCAGUGCUCCUCGAUCCAGCUGAAAACGCAGGCGGAGAGUUCCUGAAAGCUGCUCACGGAGACAGAGUUGCUGAAGGACUGGAACAGGGAGUCCAUGAUGCUCUGAAACACGUUGAACUUGACCUGGUCCGACACCUGGUCCUCUCCCUGAUGUGGGUUGUUCUGGUGGGCCUUCACUAUGUGCUCAUAGUUCCUGUUGAGAGAAGCUCAUACGUGUUGGGACUAUAGAAUAAAUAAUAGGAAAAACAAGCUUGGCAGAGAAAGUUUGCUAACUGCCAUCUCACGUUUUCAUGAUUUUCAGCGCCAUCACUUCUUUCCUCAGUAAAGAAACUUCCUCCUCUUGCUUCUUCUUUUCUUUGUGAAGGAAAUUGAUGUAGUCGAUCGCUGCAAACAAACACAGAAACGCAUCCGUCAGGGAUUUCUUCACUCCACACAGAUUUAAGUUUCCUUUUUUAAAAGAGGUGGUGGCCCCACAAACAGCAGAAAUGCUGCCACUUCUUCUUUCUCCCCGCAGUGCAGAUACAUCUAAUUGAUAUCUAUGUUUGUAUUCUCGUCUUUUUUUGCCUGCUUUGAAAAACUCUGACCUUUGCUUACUUGGACCUAUUUACCAUCCUGCCUUAACAUAUAUGAGAUGUCUAAAGAUGUAUUAACUUCUAUCCAAAUACAAACAUCACUCACAAACGCGACCGCUAAGUGUUCCUCCAUUAACUCCUCCUUCCUACGAGGGGACGUCUUACUUUUCUGUAGCACGGUGGCCUUGCUGAUCUUCUGUGCUCCCACUGCAAACUCAGACUGCUGCUGGCAGGUUGGGACGAUGGUCUGGAGGUCUUCGUAGCCUUUCUACAGUAAAAACAAAACAAUAACUCUGAAACCUUUGAAUGUGUGUGCUGUGUAUCUGCAGUAAGUCACAGAGACCGAUCUGCGGUCUACUGGAGCUUUACCUUGAUAGCAUCUCGACGCUUCUGCUCAGCUUGUGUGUGCGCUUGUCUCCGUCGAUCUUUAUACGAGUCCUUAUACGACGUCUCGUGUCUGUAGUCGCUGUCUUCAUCAUCUAUUCCACAAUAUAUUAACUCAGAUUAAGAAACACGUCUUAUCUAUACACAGGCUGUGCUUUAUGCUCUCUCUUCUCUCCGGCAGCAAAAUGACACAUACUCACUGAUAUUUAACUUUUAAUAAAAAUCUAAAAAGAUAUCCCCUCAAGUGUUGUCAGGUGGCCAACAGGUAGUAAACA